CUUUGCCACAUUUGGUAACUGCAUCUACUGCCGCCGUGCGGAGGAUUGUUAGGCUUAGGCGUGUUCCGCGGACACUCGGCCCAACAACACCGUCGCACCGACAGCGGCCUGCCGUACAUCCCGGCGGCUGCCGCUCGUCAGCUCCGAGAUGGCGGCGCCCUCUGAAACAACAAUGAUCGUGGACAAUCACAUGUGCGUUCAAGUUCAGGGAACAGAGAUCUCACCCGAGGAAUACCACAGCGACGCCGGAUGGACGCUCGCGGGGGAACGCAUGUCGAGGCUGCGCCAGCGGACCCCCGCCAGCGGCAAGCCCGACGGACCCGCCGGGAGUCAAACAAGCACGAGGUCAAAAUUCUACAAGAACGCCAGAGCCUCGGCCAUCAAGGCAGCACGCAUGCCAGCCAUGCCACUAGAAGAAACCAAGAUAGUUGUCAGACCCAGAGGGGGACUGGACAUCGUCAAGACCGGCACCACCACCGUCGCUGCGGCCAUACUCACUGCGGCCAAGAUCACGAGCGAGGAAAGCGCCGCGGACACCAUCUGCCCCAACACACAACAGAACAUCAUGGUCGUAAGUACACCGAACGAAGACAACGCGGCAAGGUACGCUAAAAUCCAGGAGAUAUUCAUUCAAGGCAAACCCUACGAGGUCAGCGCAUAUCGCACGGCACCUCACGACACCGUGAAGGGCGUCAUCAGAGGCAUCCCUAUCGACGCGAGCGCCGAAGAGCUAGAUAGAAAGAUCGUCAACGAGAGGAACCCGCUAGCAGUGGCCUCAAAAAGGAUUGGAAACACGACCACUGCGAUUGUGGUGUUCCAGGGGCCCAAGGUACCGAACUUUGUCCGAUACGGAGUCACCCUGAUACCGUGCCGCCUCUACAAGAAACAAAUCGACGUCUGCCAGCAGUGCGGCCGAGUGGGACACCGCAAGGACGUUUGCCCGACCCCCACAAUCAAGACGUGCCUGGCCUGCGGACUCGCGAACCCUACAGAAGACCAUCGCUGUACCCCAAAAUGUCAGUUGUGCGGAGGCGAACACCCGACCGGAGGCCGAACGUGCAAGGCGAAAUACAAGGUCCCCUACGUAGUGCGCAAGCGACAAUGGGAGCGCCGACAGGCCGAACGCCAGCUGCUGUCGGAGAGCGAUUUCCCGCCACUCGACAAGCCGCCAGCUGCGCGAAAGUCGAGGACCCCAUCGGAAAACCGCGCGCCCAAAUCCAGAGACAGCAGUUGUUGCAAGAGAAGCCUCAGCAGGAAAACGUCACCAUCACGUGAGCGAGUGAGCUGGGUCGACGCAGCGAAAGGAAACAACAUAAGGAACGCGCAGAAAAUCACCGACACCACGAAGAAAGAAGAUAUUAAUAAGGUCCGGGAGGCAAAUGAGCUCCUAAGACAAGAAAACGCGGCGUUGCGAGCGACCAUCAACAACCUCACGAAAGAGAUCGCCGAGAUUCGUCAGUUGCUGCUAGGCAACGACGAGCCUCUACAGAGACCCACGCCAAGCACAAGCAAGGCCGAGGAAACGAACAUCCCGGAGAAAGCCAUAGAGGAACCGGACAUGUUCCUGAUCCUCCAGCACACCUUUCUUUCACCCAACCCCAGCCAGAUCCACGCUCUUGUGACUGUUGAUGUCUGCAAGGCCUUCGACGAGUACGCGAUAUACACUGACUGCCAAGCCGCCAUUCACCACAUAGAGAACCGCACCCUACCCCAUUCACUCCAACAAGAGGUCGAACGAGCGGUCUCCGCACUGCAACCUUCCACCGUUUUCCUCUGCUGGGUCCCUGGGCAUUCGGGGAUUGACGGCAAUGAGCUGGCCCAUCAGCUCGCCCGUGACGUUUUUAACCGGGCACCGUUGGUCCCCUGGUCGAGGCCCUCGAAGGAUUCUGGGGGACUCUCCCUGCGCCGCACUAUCAAGGAAGUUUACCUCCAGCUCCGUCUCGACAAGCGCUUCUACCCUCCCCCUCAGUCAUCACUCACUGUGCCGGAGGCUCGCCUUCUGCGGUACAUCCAAAUGAAUGCACUGGUUACCCCUUCCCGCCUCUUUCUCUAUCGCUAUCGCUCCGACCCCUCCUGUCCCAACUGCCCGUCUACUUAUGCAGACCUAUCCCAUUGCCUAUUUUACUGUCCGGCUGCUCAGCAAUCAAGUUCCUAUCCUCCCCCUUCGCUUUCCAUCACCACCUGGCUCGACUGGCUUGGCGCAGAAGGUGAAGAAGAACAGCGUCGACUGGCCACCCAGGCGGUCGAUAUUCUCGGCCUGUAA